AUGAUGACAGAAUCUCACUUAAAUUAUGAGUAUCCUAUCAAAAAGAAGUGGGAUGUUGCAGGAAAUUUAACUGAUUCCUUAUGGUGGCAUGCUGAAAAAGGAACCUCGAGCGAAAAUAUCAUUUUCUUGAUGGUCCCUGAACCACAAUUAUCGGUUACUACUGAAAAGCUACUUCACGGACCAAUAGUCAAAAAUGCUCUUUAUAUGGCUAAUACCGAGAUGGAAACUGUUAAAGAAUUAGACGAAGAUUUCUAUAGACAACACCUUGAAAAAUUUAUCUUUUAUUUUACUGUUGGUGAUAAUUGGGCUCCGUUGAAUCAUUACGACGAUAUGUUGAGGAGAUUCCCUGAAGGAAAGAUUAUAUUGUGUGAUCAAGGAAUGCCACAUGCUUUUGUAAUUG